AAACAUUUCGAAGAUUCAGUAUCCUGAAAGGUGUCACCUUUUUUCCAGCCCCAAGAGUUCCAGUUUGUCUUAAAGUCUGAAGGCAUCAGCUACCUUCAGGGCCUGCAGCAUCUGUACCUGCACAGGAAUGCUCUCAAUAUUCAUCACUGUGGGCUUUCUCUGCACAGCCACUGCCAUUGCUGAAGUAAUGGAAGUGACUCAGCCAGCAAUGGUGCUGGCCAACAGGCAAGGAGUUGCCAACUUGGUGUGUAAAUACAAGCACAUUGGGAACGCAAAGGAAAUUCGAGUGACUCUGCUUAAACAGACAGGUGAUCGGUUCACUGAGAUUUGUGCUUCAACCUAUACAACAGAGUUUAAAAUGUUCAGUGUGGAAGAGGUAAUCCAGUGCCACAUUAGCCCUAGCCGAAACAAUGUGACCCUCACCCUCACUGGCCUGCAAGCUAAUGAUACUGGUCUUUACGUCUGCAAGAUGGAGCGUAUGUACCCUCCACCCUAUUUUAUGAACAAGGGAAAUGGGACGCAUCUCUAUGUCAUUGAUCCAGAACCUUGUCCAGACACUGCCAUAUAUCUCUGGGUAUUAGGAGCUACUGCCUCAGGAUUUUUUCUUUACAGUAUCAUCAUCUCAGCUGUUCUCGUGGGCAAAGCGAUAAAGAGAAGACAAUGUCUCACUACUGGGGUGUAUGUGAAAAUGCCCUCUGAAAAGCUAGAGAAAAAAGUGAUUCCAUUCCACAUCACUGUUAACUGAAACAAGGAAAGAAUGCGACAGUUUCCUAACUGGGAUGGAGAGUCUGGUAAUUCCCUUAGGUUAAAGAAAUAAAAUUAUUUGUCCUAUUACAAAGGUGUAAGGGAAGGAGAGAGUAUAUUGUUUGUAACUUCUAUGGUUUGGAGGAGAAUAAAUAGUUUACGCAUUAAUAUUUCAAGGUUAAGCCGGUCACAUAAAAAUGGCUACAUUAGGCCAUUGAUUCUUUUAGUUGUAUUGUACCAAUAUGUAGUCUAUAUAUAUACAUUUAUAUAUAUGCAUAGCAUUAAAAGCUAUUGCUGUUGCAACUAAGCAUAUUCCUGUCAAAUUUCACCAUUUCUACUGAACAACUGAAAUCCAAACACUAUUAUGACAGAGGCUCGUGUUUAUCAUUGCAAGGCUAAUCCUAUAGGUCUGAGGGGCAGAGGCAGAAGAGCACACUAAUGUACAAUGGAAUGUUGACUUGUUUCCCUGCAUUGCUAUUUAUUGGUCCCAUUUCUGGCAUUAGUGCUCUGCACUUCCAGAGAGGCAUCACUGUAGGCUGACAGUGAUGACACUACUGCUCUAAAAGCCUGAUCUCAGCUCCUUUCACUGGCACUGCACUGUGCUGGCAUCAACACUGAUGAUAUUUGAGCCAGUGCUAACAGCAGGUUGGAAACAAGAGCUGCCCAGCAGAAGCCCUCUUUGGCUGUUUCUAGAAGGACAUUCCAGCUCUGCUGGGGCCUUACAUUUUACAAAUGCUAAAUUAGCAUCUAUCCAAAAGGCAGAACUAUGUUGCUGUGUUUAACUGAGUCUAUUUUCCAUGAAAAUACUGAUAGUGUAUAAUCUUGUUUAUUAAAUAUGUACCAUUCAAUAAAAAUCUUGAAGCUUUGCCCAAA